GAAUGAUCCUGGGAUACAACACGAAUGGACUCGCCCAUCACGACCCGUUUGACGCGGUCGAGAUCCUGUCCCAGAUCGGGUAUUCCGCAAUCGCGCUGACGAUUGACCACCUGACGUUGACUCCCUUCGGCAAUACCUAUCUGGCCACGCGUCAGGUCGACCUUCUCGCUAAAGCGACCGAAGAUGCCAAGAUGCGAACCGUUGUCGAGACCGGGGCGCGGUUCCUGCUCGACCCUCGCCAUAAGCACGAACCAACGUUCAUCACGCCUGAAGCGAAGGGACGCGAUCUUCGUUACGAGUUCAUGCGGCACUGCAUCGAUACCGCGCAAACGCUCAAAAGCGACUGCGUUUCGGUCUGGUCCGGUCGUUUGCUCGACGACGUGUCUUUCGACGUCGCGAUGAACCGCUUAGUCGCGUCGCUCGAGCCAGUGCUCAAGUACGCAGCCGAUCGAGACGUGGUGAUUGGCUUCGAGCCCGAGCCUGGGAUGCUGAUCGAUACGAUGGACAAGUUCGAUCAACUGCGCGAGAGGAUCGAUGCUCCCAACUUUAAGCUGACGCUCGAUAUCGGCCACUUGCACUGCCAACGCGAAACGCCCCUGGGCGACUACAUCCGCCGCUACGGCGAUCAAAUCGUCAAUAUCCACUUGGAAGACAUGAAAGCAGGCGUACACGAGCAUCUUCCCUUUGGCGAAGGGGAAAUCGACUUCCCACCAAUUUUUAAAGCCCUCAAAGAAAUCGACUACCAGGGCCCCAUCAACGUCGAACUCAGCCGCCACAGCCACGACGGCCCCAACAUGGCGAAGCAAGCGUUCGAGUUUCUGAAACCACUUCUGUAA